AUGAAAACGUCGUGUUUUAUUACUGUAGUGGCCCUUUGUAUCGGUUUCGGAACUUCCAAAAAAUAUAUUCCAGAUGGAGGAAGCUUCCAACCUUCCAUGAAUCGCUACUACGAAACUAAUCUACCAUCGCCCACCAACAACACGAGAUUAGAAGCCAAAGAAUCGAAGGAGUCGUCAGAUCGUCUACGAUUUGGUAUUCCCGUUACAUCAUACGGAAACACAGGAAAUGGUGUCCAGUAUGGAACUAGUAACAUGGGCUAUGUGUUUAGUCCCAUGAAAAUUGAUGUGGGUGGGAUAGCCCUGGGAGCUUUGAUAGGUCUAGGUGCUGUUUUGAUUGUACCUAAACUGGCGGCAGCUUUUAGUGGAGGUUACGGAUACAGAAGUCUUGAAACUGACGUGUCUUCGAUCACUGAAACUUUGGCAAGGAUAGACAACACUUUGGAACAGCAUCAUAUUGACAGCAGCAGCUGUAUGCAGAGAGUUAUUUGCACGUACGUAAAUGAGGCACAAAGGAAUAUGCAAACUGGAGAAGCUAACACAAUGGACCAGCUCAUAUUUGCCUUGACCAAUAAUACCUUAUUUUCCUACAUGCUUGAUGGAACAGCAGUCAAACAAGCCAUCGACAUGGGAAAAGAAGGAGACUCCGAAAGAUGCUCCUCCUUAUAUUCCAAGUGCCCUAUCAGCAAAGAAAACGUCAUGAAAGUAAUAGCCAGUUUGCUUCCCGCCUAAUUUUAAAGACAGACGGCGGCUGACUCGUAGUUUUUAUUU